AUGCAUGCUGGAAGUAUUUGGAAAGAUUUAGGACAUAAUCAAGAUUCAUGUAAAGAUCUGUAUGCUCAAUUACAAGAAGAAGAUGAUGAAAAUAAUGAUUUGAUUCUAGAAUUGCUUCCUGAAAAUAAUGAUGAUUCUGAACCUAGAGAUGACAUUGAAUUAGAGUUGGAAAGAAUUCUCUCACUAAAUGAAGUAUUUGUUGUUAUAAAUAAUAAUGAUUAUGUUACAGCAAAUCAAGAGGAGAAUACAAACAGUUAUGGUAGAGAUCAUCGAGAUUAUUAUGACCGUUAUGAUCGUGAUAAAUAUGUUCAUUACGAUCGUGAUCGAAUAAAAGGAAGAGAUAGAGAUGGUAAUGACAAACAUCUAAAUAAUAAAAAUGAUGAUGAUGAUACUUCAAAAACGGAUGAUAAGGAACUGCAAGCAAUCAGAGAUGCUGGAGAAGUUACUUCACAAGAUUUUAAUCCUUUAUAUGCAAAUAAACGCAAAGCUCAAAUGUUUGGACAUGGUCAUCUUGCUGGUAUUGAUAUUAAGGAGCAAAAAAGAGAUCGUGCAACAUUCUAUAAUCAAUUAUUAGAACAAAGGAUCAGAAAGGUCGAGCCGAAAAAACCUUUAACAGAAAUGAAGGAGAGAGACUGGCAUAUAUUCAAAGAGGAUUUCAAUAUUGCAACUAAAGGUGGCAGUAUUCCAAAUUCUAUAAGGCCGUGGAAGGAAUUUGGUUUACCACAAAGAAUACUUGAUCUUAUUGAAAAUAUUGGACAUAAGGAACCAACACCUAUUCAACGACAAGCAAUUCCUAUAGGUUUACAAAAUAGAGACAUUAUUGCUUGGGUUUUCUUUUUCAAACAAAAUGACAAGUUCAUAGAGCCAUUUUCUUUAGUUGUCAAAGCUACCAAAACUGGAUUUAUUUUUUCGUCCCAAUGCAGUGAAAAUGAUGUUAGGAGUUGGAUAAAUGCUGCAUAUAAUACACUAGAAGAAGAUGAUGAAAAUAAUGAUUCAAUUCUAGAAUUACUUCCCAAAAAUAAUGAUGAUUCUGAACCUAGUGAUGACAUUGAAUUAGAGUUGGAAAGAAUUCUCUCACUAAAUGAAGUAUUUGUUGUUAUAAACAAUAAUGAUUAUGUUACAGCAAAUCAAGAGGAGAAUACAAACAGUGAAGCAACUGAAGAAAUAGAAGAUUAUGACCCAGCACAAUUAGCUUCUAAUUAUCUAAGUGAUUUAGAAUAA